GUCUGGUAGCCUGAACUUGAACACUGGCUGGUACACAGCGAGUCACGACAACGUCCCGUCCGUGCCAUAGAGCUACACAGUAAUUUGGUCAAGGCUAUUCUUAUCAACUUGAUCAAUAAAGUUAGAUAGAUUCCGAUCAAGAGUGUGGAUACACCGGUCGAACCUUGCCUGGUGUAAUUAAACAGAAUGUCCAGACGCAAACAAGGCAGCCGACCGCAACACCUGAGUGCAAUUCAAGAUGCCCCUGAGCCCUGGGACGCUGCCACUCCUUCGUCAUUGGAGGAGAGGGGGUCCCUUCCCCAGGUCAGAGGUCUUGAGGAGGGUCGUGACCUGCUGACCUGUGGGCAGUGCGACCAGGCCUUCCCUCUCGCCCACAUCCUGGCCUUCAUUCAGCACAAACAGGGGGGCUGCCGCUCCCGGAAUCACGCCCCCGACACCCACACCCCUCCCUCCCCAGCCAACCGGACACAGCGACGCGGUGCUGUCACUCAGGUAGAGGCUGGGUUCGUGGAGCUGAGGAGAGUGACGGACAGGUCCAGAGGGGAGGAGCAUAAUGUGAAAAUGGAGCCUAACAGAACAGCAGAAGAGCCGUCCUGCUUCACCUGCCAGCUGUGUGAGUGUGUGUUUCCCUCUGCCUGGGCCCUGCUCCAACACGCCCAGCACACACACUCCUUCAGUAUCUACCAGGAGGACGGCGAGAAGGAUGAGGAGGAGAACAUGGGAAGAGGGGGUCACCAGCACUCCAAACCUGCAGCCACCUUGGAUCCCUGUCAACUGAGCCACACCCUGGCAACCGCAUUCCACCCUUCCGUUCUGCGUCUGCCCCGCAUCUUCCGUCCACGGCAGAACCACAGGCCAGCUUCUCAGGCCAGCUCCACCCCUUCCUCCAGAGAACGACAGGCCCUCAACUUCUGUCUGAGAGAGCUGGCUGAGGGCAGUAACACCACCUCCAUCAUCACCACCGCUGGAGGUCUGGUCCCCUCUCCAUCGACAUCCCCCCCGGCCGCCUCUUCCUUCACCCAGUGCGGGCCCGUCCAGGCGGGGUAUCCAUGUGAGCUGUGUGGCCAGGGCUUCCAGUCCCUACGCAGCCUGUCAGCCCACCGGAGGACCCACGCAUGUGAGCGGCCCUACCACUGUGGCUUGUGUGACCAGGCCUUCGUCCAGAGUGGUCAGCUGGCUCGCCACAUGAGGAGUCACCGCAGAGAGACAGGCGUGGGUGGAGGAGGGGGCUACGAGGGGGUGGAGGUGGGGCUGUUAGGGGAGGAUGAGGGGGGUCGGCAGGGGAUGAGAGGGAGGUUUGUAAUGCAGGGGGCAGGAGAGGGGGUGUUGAGUGGAGAACCAGGGGUGAGGGAGACCUCUGAGUUGGACCUAUCCCUGUCCAAGCAUCACUCCCCAGGCUCUGGACUGAUCCUGCUCUCCUCCCAGCCUGGAGGUCCAGACAUGAGCCUGCUCAGGCUGUUCCAACCCCAGGGAGAAGUGGUGGAGGAUGAGGUGGAGGGACAAGAGGAGCCCCAGCAUGCGUACCCCUGCGCCAGCCCCUCAGAGGGGUCACUUGAAAGCGGAGAGACAGGGGGCAGCGGGGAGAGUGGCAUCGCCAGCGGAAACUGCACCCCCAAACGGCCGGAGAGGGAGGAGAGGGCUCAGGUGGUGGGGGAGUGGGAAAGCGAGAAGGACGGAGAGAUGGCGGGUGGAGAGAAGGAAUGGCUUACAGGCGGGAACAGCGAGGUGGUCCAGGAGUGGCAGAGGGUGAACGAACGGAGGGGAGGAGGAGGAGGAAACAGCGUCAUCAGCAGUAACAGUGGUAACAACGAUGGGGGGUCAGGGAAGAAGAAGAAGGAGGAGGCCUGUGAGUACUGUGGGAAACAGUUCCGGAACAGCAGCAACCUGACAGUGCACCGGCGCAGCCACACGGGAGAACGACCCUACCAGUGCGGCCUGUGCAGCUACGCAUGUGCCCAGAGCUCCAAACUCACACGCCACAUGAAGACCCACGGUGCCCACGGAACCCGCGCCCCGUUCCUGUGCCAGCUGUGUGGGGUGCCCUUCACUGUGUACGCCACCCUGGAGAAACACCUGAAGAAGGUGCACGGGCUAAGCCAUGCCAGCGUCGGGACAUACACCCAGGCCAGCGCAGCUGAUGCCAUCUGGGCCCUUGGCAAAAUGGAGGACGGGGUGGUCAUCAAGAUGGAGGAGGAUGACGCCUGCACGGACCAGACAGAAAGCAACAUGGCUGCAAUGGAGGAGAUGGGAGUGGAGGCAGAGGAGAACCAGAAAGAGGAGGUGGAUGGUACAGUCAGCCCAGCCAUAGUGGAGGAUAGUGUGGGUGAGCUUCCUACUGAAGGCAGUGCGGACGUGGGCUUGGCAUAAACUACUGGUCCACCACAUUCGUCAUAUCACACUUUUGUACACUGACUAAGACAUUCAAAAGCACUGGUUUGGACUCUCAAUCAUACCAACCACUUUGACCAAUAUAAAUAUCCAUAUAAUUGGAAUGAACCUUUCUUAGCACUCAACUGGGGAUCAAUUCAAACAGGAUUCUAGGUACCAACCCUGCUCUCCUCUUAAUUCCCUAUAUGUGCAAUGCUGAGGUACAUCACGUCUCGCCAGAGCUGACAAUUAGCAUAUGCAAAUCCACCUACUUAGACCACAGCACAAAACCCAUACAUGCAAUGGAAAGGUGGAGGGCAAACAGGACUUGAGAACAGAAAGUCAACCACCACAGUCCACCAGAACACAGGAAGUUGAUCACCAUGCACCAACAGAAUAUAGGAAGUGGACACAAGUGGUCAAUUGAUUUGGUUCACUCACUCAAUAUACUAGUGAUGAUUACCAAUCAGAACUCUCAAAUGUAGAAAGCAAAAAAUGGUUUGCCAUUUUAUUUUUUAUAUCUAGUGGCAAGAGAUUGCGACGAUAGUGAGGCUUUCAUAUCCUGCUUUGGUGACAACUGGCAUGGUGGUUGUCUCACUCUGGACAAAUUAAUAACUAGUUGUUUGGACGGAGACGGGAUCAAAGGGGAAACAAACCCAAACAUAGGUUGCCUGCAGUCUCCUUUUUAAAUGUGCUUUUAUGUCACAACACUUGCCACUUAAUGUAAAGUUCACGAGGCCCAGCAAGGUUGUGUUGUUCCUCUCUGUGUAUGGAUCUUAUUUUUAUAAAUGUGUAUAAGUCUCAUCUGCUGAUGUUUUCCUUGCUUAGCUCCUAUGCAUAAAAAAACUGCAAUUUAACUUCAGAUGAAACGGGUGUGAAUUUAUUUCCUUUUGUAUUUGAUAAUGG